UGAUUGCCGCCCAUGAAGGUAUGAGGGUGGUGACAAGGGAGUGGCCAGAUGCUCUAUGUUCACUUCACAUUCUGUGUCUGUCACAUUCAGGCAGCACUAACAGGAUGAGGAUCUAACAGGAAAAUAACAUAAAUAAAACAAGAAAAGAUAUAACAUCAACAGGGAUAGAGGGGACACACUGGUGAAGAGGUGAGAGGCUAAUUAAAUAUCUAUCCACAACCACAGUAAAAGUGACAAUAGGAUUACAGUCACCAUGGUUAUGCUGGACUUCAGGACACUGACGGUGCCUGUGGGCAUUGUGCGGAUACUGGAGGUGGUCUUCACCUGCAUCGCCUUCAGCUUGGUGGCGUCGGUGGGCCACAGCACCUUCUCUUUCUGGACAUGGUGCAUGUUCACCUGGUGCUUCUGUUUCUGCGUCACCCUUGUCAUACUCUUCCUGGAGUUCACCACUGUCAGCGCAAAGCUGCCCAUUUCCUGGGAUGACUUCACAACUGCUUUUGCCAUGCUGGCUGCUCUGAUGGUGCUGGCAGCAUCCAUCAUCUAUCCCGUCUACUUCACUUGCUCUACCUGCGGCAGACAGAUCGCUGCCACUGUCAUGUCCUGCCUAGCCUUCAUCCUGUAUGCCAUCGAGAUCAAGUUGACCCGGGCCAAACCUGGCGAGAUCAGCGGAUUUCUGUCCACGGUCCCGGGCCUCCUUAAGGUCCUGGAGGCCUUCGUGGCCUGCAUCAUCUUCAUCUGCUUGGACUACAACUGGUUCUCUAGAUUUCCAGGACUCCAGUGGUGUGUCGCCGUCUACUCCAUCUGCUUCAUUUUUGCCCUCCUCGUCAUCAUUUUUACCAUCUGCCGCCUCCUGGCUCUCUUCCCGGCACCGUUUGACAAAGUUCUGACAGCCUGUAAUGUGUUGGCAGUGUUGAUGUACAUUACAGCUGUAGUCAUCUGGCCUUUCUACAGCUUCAGGAACAAUCCCAGACCCAGCAUCUGCAAGAAUCUUUUAUGUUCAUGGGACAAUUUAGCAGUCAUCUCUUUCAUGACCUGUGUCAACCUUAUUGCUUACAUCGUUGAUACAGUUUAUUCUUUUAGACUAGUCUUCUUUGUCAGCAGAACAUAGGUUGCAAAUAUGAUAGGGUACUCCUUAUUUCAUUUGUUGGCAAUUUCUAUCUCAAAGAUUGAACAUGAUUUUUAUAACAUAUUUUAUCUCAUGCCGGCUUCUUUCUGUCAUGUAGAUCAAUUCUUUGAGGAUAUUUUAACUACAGGGAGAUAUAAUCACAAUCUCCUUUCUUUCCCAUAUUUCUUCCAUCUGAUCUUUGCUGUAAAUUCACUAGGUGCGUGAUCUUGUUGAUUACAGCUUGUGAAAUAUCAAUAAAAUAUAUCAUGUGAGGUUAUUGCA